AUGGAAACUAAGGAAAAGGCAGUUGAAGGCACGAAAGAAAGCUGCAGAAGGCUUAUUACAACAGACACCUCCAGAUUCGCCUACAUUCGAUUAAAAAUGUACAAGAUGGAACUCCGCCACCAUCGCCAUCGUCCCGAGAUCGAUCCUCACGAAUUACGCCGCCACCCUGUUUUAGACCUUCACCAGGUCUUCGAAAUACAGUACGCUGUUCUCCACGUUCUUUUUGAUGCAAAUAAGAAUGAACUUCUCCCAGACCUGACUAAUGAAGAUGCUCUGCCAGAAGAUUUAGAAGCACACAUGAUUGAUGUCAUGGCUUCUGAUACUUUGACUUUAGAUUUGGAAAUUAUAUCUGAUGACGACACACCAUUAGUAUCUUUAAAAAUUACCAAACAGUUACAGGAAUUGACCAAUAGACGCCAAAAUAUAAACAGUAAAAUUUAUAAUUCUGAAUCAGAUAAAAGCUAUUCAUCUGAUAAAGAACCUAGUGCCAGCUAUGACAUUAAUGCAAAGAUAGGACGCGGUGACUUUCUAUUAGUUAAAUUGUAUGUAGAUGCAUCUAAAAAUAAAUCCUACACCUAUGCUUGCAAAACAUUAACAGAAAUUGAGGACGACGGAGAAAUACAAGUAAUGUUUUUACGAGUGGUAGAUGAAAACGCCAAACGUUUUCGUUUGGAUAAAAAGGAUAUUUCAUACGUUAAUCAUGAAAAUAUUGUCAAAAAAUUACCUGUACCUGCACUUGUUAAGAAAGGUGAACAGAAGAAACUUAUAGGUUUUGAUUACGUUCCCAGUGACUUGGACGCGGUUCCCACAUACCUCUCCGGAACGAAGGCACGCCGAGGGGUUUUUAGUGCACAUAACAUCAAGGAUUUAACGAGUGCACAUCGCCCACUGGGUGGCUCCAAGGAUGCAAGAUUCAAUUUGUCUUAG